AUGGACACAGAGCUGCAGACUCUGAGAGAAACCCUGGCGGAGGUGGACCAGCUACUGGAGCUAUCUCAGGACAAUUCUACUGAACUCUUGAGUCUGAAAGAAGAUUUAACGCAACUCAUUCAGCUCAAAGAAGCCGAUCUGCUAGAGCGGCGUAAACAAACCGCUUUGGCAGCGGUAGCUUCUGCCCUGGAGAGCCUACCCCCUCCACAACCGGCAAAUUCUGAAACUGAUCCUAUUGUCUCUGGCCCACAAACUGUCGAACCCCCUGCCCCGGGUUUUCGGGAGAAGGAGGAGGAGGAGGACAAUCUUCCGGGCAGCAAGUGUUCUCUGCCCGGGUGGACAUCAAGAGGCUAUUUUGUGCACCGUAAUGCAGUGAUUGCUGAAGUGCUCAAUGAGGGCAGCCUGGUGUGUUCGCGACGUGUUCGUCUCUUCUUCACUAAUCCAACCCGGCUCAAUGAGGUGCCCUGUGCCCAGUUCCUGGAAACUGGCACAUGCUCCCGUGGCGUCCGUUGUCGAAGGAGUCACGGUGAGGUGGCUUCCAUCGAG